CAGCAAGAGCCACGAGUAAUGGCUUUGCGCCACCUGACGCCUCUCUCUCCUCGCUUGCACCUCUCCCCUUUUAUAACAUUCUCGCGAACAACAGCUCCACUCACGUUUCCUGCUUUCUCUACGUCUCGGAAAAGCUUCUCUGUAACAACGAUGACGUCUACUGCGCGGAAGGUGCUGGUUCCAGUUGCAGAUGGUACGGAACCGAUGGAGGCGGUGAUCAUGAUCGAUGUCCUGCGAAGAGGUGGAGCUGAUGUCACCGUAGCGUCCGUCGAAAAGGAGCUACGAGUUGAUGCUUGCCAUGGAGUGAAACUAGUCGCCGAUGCUCCUCUUUCUGAUUGUGCUGGAGAAGAUUACGAUCUCAUCUCUCUUCCUGGAGGAAUGCCUGGUGCUGCUCAUCUUCGAGAUUGUACAAUUCUAGAAGGGCUGACCAAAAAGCACGUGGACGAUGGACGACUUUAUGCUGCGAUUUGUGCCGCCCCUGCUGUUGCACUUGGUUCUUGGGGUUUGCUGAAGGGUGUAAAAGCGACUUGCCAUCCUUCAUUCAUGGAGAUAUUAGCAUCGACUGCUAAUGUAGUUGAAUCGAGAGUCCAGAAGGAUGGUCAAGCUGUGACCAGUCGUGGCCCUGGCACAACUAUAGAGUUUUCCCUGGUGCUGGUUGAGCAAUUGUAUGGGAAAGAAAAAGCUGAUGAAGUUGCCGGUGCAAUGGUUAUGCGAUCCAAUCAUGGGGAUGAAUAUAAGAUAACAGAGCUGAAUCCAGUGGAGUGGAAAUUUGACAAUGCUCCUCAGAUCCUUGUGCCAAUUGCUAAUGGCACGGAGGAGAUGGAAACUGUCAUGAUUAUUGAUAUUCUGCGGCGAGCGAGUGCAAAAGUGGUGGUUGCCUCUGUUGAAGAUAAAAUAGAUAUUCUGGCUUCCCGAAAAGUGAAACUAGUGGCAGAUAUGCUCCUUGAAGAUGCUGCAAAGUUGUCAUAUGACUUGAUUGUUCUGCCAGGUGGGCUUGGUGGUGCCCAAGCAUUUGCUAGUUCAGAGAAACUGGUAAACCUACUAAAGAAGCAGAUGGAAUCAAAUAAACCAUAUGGUGCCAUAUGUGCAUCUCCAGCUUUAGUACUGGAGCCUCAUGGUUUACUCAAGGGUAAGAAGGCCACAGCUUAUCCACCCAUGUGCAACAAACUUUCUGAUCAGAGUGAAGUUGAGAACAGGGUCGUUGUUGAUGGCUAUCUUAUCACUAGCAGAGGUCCGGGAACUUCCAUGGAGUUUGCAUUGGCUAUUGUGGAGAAGUUUAUGGGACGUAAGAAGGCAUUAGAACUUGCAAAGGCUAUGGUUUUCAUGCACCCAUAGAGUUUGUGUCCGUUUUGUGUUUCUAUAUACAAUUAUACAUUGUGCCAGAGUGAGUUUAUAUCUGCAGCGUGUUGGGUUA